GAACUCUUACUUACUCAUCUCUGGUUUUUCUUCUUCUUCCCUCUCCUCCAUUUCCGACUUACAGCAUUUCUCACUUCUUUUCUUCCGUAUGGACUCCAGAAUCUUCUUCUUUUUUCUCUUUCCUUCAAUAACCGUUGCAAUCGGUAUCAAUUACGGCCGGAUUGCCGAUAACCUACCCUCACCGGAGAAUGUCGUACCUCUCGUCCACUCCAUCGGAGCUAACAAAGUCAAGCUCUAUGACGCCGAUCCUCAAGUACUCAAAGCCUUUGCUAACACCGGCGUUGAAUUCAUCGUCGGACUUGGUAAUGAAUACUUAUCUACAAUGCGAGAUCCAGAUCAAGCCCUAGCUUGGGUGAAAACAAAUGUUCAAGCGUACCUUCCAGCUACAAAAAUCACAUGUAUAACUGUCGGAAACGAGGUUUUAACCUUCAAUGACACCUCUCUAAGCGCUCAUCUCCUACCGACAAUGCAGAGUCUUCACGCAGCUCUAGUCUGUCUACACCUCGACCAAAAGGUAACCGUCACCACCGCACACUCACUCGCAGUUCUAGAAACUUCUUAUCCACCUUCAUCUGCCGUUUUCCGACGAGAUCUAACCGGAUCCAUGACACAGAUCGUGGAAUUUCUCUCCAAAACAUGUUCCCCCUUUUUAAUCAAUGCGUAUCCGUACUUCGCUUACAAGGAUAAUUCGAAACAGAUCUCAAUCGAUUACGUCCUGUUUCAGCAAAACUCAGGAAUUGUAGAUCCUGUCACGAAUCUACAUUAUGAUAACAUGUUUUACGCACAGAUUGACGCUGUACAUUGGGCUUUAUCAUCGAUUGGUUAUAAUAAUCAAACGGUACAGAUCUCCGAGACUGGAUGGCCGUCGAAAGGAGAUGAAAAUGAAGCCGGAGCAUCGCCGGAGAAUGCGAAGAAAUAUAAUAGUAAUCUGAUUAAACUCAUUUCUCAGAAGAAAGGGACGCCGUUGAGACCGAAUUGUGAUCUGAAUAUCUAUUUGUUCGCAUUGUUUAAUGAGAACUUGAAGAAUGGUCCUACGUCGGAGCGGAAUUACGGUCUGUUCAAACCAGACGGUACGCCGGCGUACUCAUUAGGAUUAUCCAGUUCAAAGCCUGCCGGAAAUACUACUGUCGGUGUUCCAUCACCUAUAAGUACCGUGCCUCCGGUCGACACCGGCGCCGGCGGUAUACCUAUACCAGAUUACUAUACAUCGGGAAAUCUACACUUGACAAAAGUUGAGAUGAUGAUGAUGAGUAUAGCCGGAUUUAUUACAUUAAGUUUCUUCUAAAUUGGCAAUAAUGUUCUUCUCUCAUCAUCUGAGCUAAUAUUUGGCUUUUUUGUAAACUAAUUUGGAAGGAAUUGCAUGAAGGAAGAAGCCUGAAAAAAAAAAGGCUGGUUUGUAUUUUGUUUUGUAGAUGACUCGGAACUGUUAUUUUGAACUCAAUUUAGCCCAUUUAAUCUGUUUUUCUUUCUUUUUAUUGGGACAGUAGUAUUUGUUGCAUUUAAGUGAAUAUGUAGUAUUAUUAAUACAUUUGGAGAUCUAUUUAUUAGUAAUUAAUUAAUUCAUGGUUUACAUUUUUCACCA